AGGUUUGUUCAAUCAAAAUACGGCUGGUCUGAGCGUGCCCGGAAAAUCGAACUCAAAACAAUUCACGCAAUUUUCAGACUACAUAAAAGAGGAAUUUCUUCUCUUCAAAUCAUUAGACAUAUGGCGACCAAGAGAAAAGCAGUAACUGACGCGGAAAAGAAAUCGAAGAAAGUUUUCGGUGAAACUGAUUUGAAGUGGAAUCUAAUAUGGAAGAGGAUAGGCGAAGAAUUAAAGGCAGGAAUUCCACCUGUAAUGGCUCUUCUUUCUGAUACAUUGGAAGGACGAGAAAAAAUAGCUGCUUUUGAUAUUGAUGGCACUAUUAUUAAAACCAAAAGUGGAAGGAAGUUCGCCACCGGUCCAGCUGAUUGGUUGUUUUGGGAUAAGAGUGUACCUAAAAAAUUGAAGGAAUAUGAUGAAAAUGGUUAUAGAAUUGUGUUCUUUACAAAUCAAGCAGGUGUAGAAAAGGGUAAUACUAAAAUUGAAGAUCUUAUGGUAAAAUUUGAGAAAAUUGUCGAAUCUAUAGAUUGUCCAGUCUUUGUCUUUGUAUCAACUGGGACAAAUCAUUAUAGAAAACCUUGUACAACAAUCUGGGAUUUCUUUACAGCAAAGUGCAACGGCAAUCAAACGAUUAAUAAAGAGGAUAGCUUUUUUAUUGGUGAUGCUGCCGGUAGACCAAAGAAUUGGGCACCUGGUAAAUCUAAGGAUUUUUCUGCAUCAGAUAGAAUGUUCGCAGCUAAUAUUGGAAUAACUUUUAAGACACCUGAAGAAUUCUUUUUAGGUCAUAAAGCAUGUAGACAAUUUGAAUGGGGUAGUUAUGAUCCAUCAAAUAUUGUGGAGAAUGCAAAUGCAAUGGAAACCUAUCACAAAGAAGAACAAGAAAUUGUAGUGAUGGUUGGUCCUCCAGCUUCUGGAAAGAGUACAUUUAGUCGGCGAAAUUUCAAGGAUCAUAAUUACGUGAUUGUUAAUAGAGAUACAUUAGGAACUGCAGAUAAAUGUUUAAAAGCUGCCGAAGAAGCUAUAAAGAAAAAAAAAAGCGUUGUCUCAGACAAUACCAAUCCUUCAAAACAUGCUAGAGCUGAUUAUUUAAAACUUGCUAAAAAAUAUAAGCUUCCAAUUAGGUGUAUACUUAUAGAUACAGAUAUCAAGUUAGCAAAACACUUGAACAUUGUCCGAAUGAAUCAAACAGAGGGUAAAAUAAGAAGAAUACCAGACGUUGGUUAUAAUGUUUUCAAGAAGAAUUAUGAAGAACCUCACAUCAGCGAGGGUUUUACGGACGUUUUAAAAGUGCCAAUUCAACUCAAGUUCGAAACUGAUAGAGAUAGACAACUAUUCCAACAGUGGACCUAA